GGUCGCAUUUUUCUGCGAGUCAUAUUUCAGGAGCAUUUUGCAGUUACAGAAACGUUUAAGGGAAAGAGAACUCUAGUUGACUUCAAUUCACGGUCAAGCUAAAGCGUUCACGAAAAUGUCUAAAAACUUUCGAACUUUUGACAGCACAACCACUCUGACUGUGAGUGAAGGCUACGAUUUGACGAAUCAGCAUCACUACUCGAAAAAAAGGUGCCAAUGUGCUUGCGGCGCUUUGAAUCGGAAAGUCACUUUCCGUGUUUGGCACCUUUUGCUGUUCUUCUUCAUCAUACUGGUGAUAAUGUUGUUGGUGGGUCUGUUGGCAGCAAUGUAUGGUCCUAGAAACUCUACAUUCUCUAAAAGAAUUGGAAAAGAAGGUGGAGGGAACACAAAACCGACUGAGGAGACCACAAGAAAGAAACCAACAGAGCCGGAACCCACAGCUCCUCAGGAAACAACUGUGAGAAAUGAGCGUUCUACUACAGCUAAACCCACAACUACCACUGUCGCUGCCACCUCGGAGGCAAAAACUCAAACCACCGCAAAUCCUAUGACAACGCAGGAUACCACCACAGCACAACCAACAACCAAAGAAAAACCAACAACCACAGAAAAACCAACAACCACAGAAAAACCAACAACCACAGAAAAACCAACAACCACAGAAAAACCAACAACCACAGAACAACCAGCAACCACAGAGAAAGCAACAACUACAGCACAACCAACAACAACAGAUAAAGCAACAACUACUGCUUCACCAACCACUGCACAACCAACAACCACAUCGCAAUCAACAACUACAGAACAAUCAGCAACUACCGCUCCACCAACCACAGCACAACCAACAACAACGGAACAACCAACAACUACAGCUCAACCAACAACCACAAGAAAACCAACAACUACAGAAAAGCCAGCAACCACAAGAAAACCAACCACAGAACAACCAACAACCACGGAACAACUAACAACCACGGAACAACCAACAACCACAGAACAACCAACAACCACAGAACAACCAACAACAACAGAACGACCAACAACCGCAGAACAACCAAUAACCCCAGAACAAUCAACAACCACAGAGCGGCCAACAACCACAGAACGACCAACAACCAGUGCCCCACCAACGACCGCUGCCCCAACAAGCACAGCACAACCAACAGUUACAGAAAAGGUAGCAACAGUCGCUCUAACAACCGCGGCACAGCCAACAACCCCAGAAAAGGCAACAACCACUACUUUUACAACAGCAGCUCAACCAACAGCUUCAGAAAAAGCAACAACCACUGCUUCAACAGCCGCAGUUCAACCAACAACUACAGAAAAAGCAACAGCUACUGCUCCAAUAACCACAGGACAACCAACAACCACAGAAAAAGUGACAACUACAGCUCCAACAACUAUAGCACAACCAACGACUUCUCCUUUACCAAACACCACUGUUCUUACAACCACAGCACAACCAACAAGCAAAGAAAAACCAACGACUUCGGCUUUACCAAAAACCAUUACUCCAACAACCACAACACAACAAUCCACCACAAAAAAACCAACGACUUCCGCUUUACGAACAACUAGUGUUGCCACGACCACAGCACAACCGUUAACCACAGAAAAACCAACGACGUCUGCUUUACCAACAACUACUGCUCCAAAGGCCACAGGACAACCAACAACCACAGAAAAACCAUCAACAACUGAUUUGACUACCACAGCACAAAUUGAAACUACUGCUGUAAUAAACGCUACCACCACACUUACCACAGCAAUACCAACAGCUACUACUGUAGCAUCAACUGCUGGGCCAACAACAGCAGCACCGAUCACGCCCCCUCAUAAAAAAAUCUUAGAAUUGUCGCAGUUGUUCGUAUGGAAGCUUAGAGAAUUGGUGGUGAGAAAGCACACAGUGAUAGGUAUUGGUGGUCUAUUAACAGCUUAUGUCCUUCUUCUCAACAAAAAUGAAACGAGCUUGUGUAUCUUUGAGGAAGAGGAUUAUCUUGGAGGAAAAAUUUUGGAUUUCAGUUUCACUGAAGUUCCAAACGUCACAGUAGGCCUUGGACAGUGGAACAUUUACGGCGGCAACUAUGAAGAAUUUGAGCUUGUCAAUACAUUGGGAGUCACUAAUGACCUUUGGACCAGGAAAACCACUCGUGUUGAAGCUCGUGGUGUGUACACAGACAGUUUUGAUUCCCUAAAGUCACAGGCCUUUCCAACGUUAAGUCAUCGAGCCCCGACGAACAACAAAAGCCUGUCAGAAAUCGCAAAGUUUAUUUCUGAUAAUAAGAGAAAUUAUACCCAGUUCUCUACAGUAGACACGUUUCUUAUGCACGUGCUGUCUCCGGAGGGAGGCAAGUUCAUGGCAGAUACUUUUGGAUUCAAGGGUGACUAUAUGCAAAAAAUAAACCCAAACAGUUAUAGAACCUACCUACACCAUGAGGAGUUUCUCGUAGAUGAGAGAUUCAUCCUGUUUGCUUGUUUGUUUCUUUUUCUUGUAUUUCAUUCUAGAGAUUUCGCCCAGAGUUUGGGAGUCUUUAUUGAUUCAUGGAUAAGGACCAUCGCUCGUGUUGAAGCCCGUGGUAGGUACGCAAGCAGUUUUGAUUCUCUAAAGCCAGAGGCCUUUCCAACAUUACCUGAUCGAGCCCCUACAAACAAAACAACCGCAGAUAUUGUCAAGUUCAUCUCCUCUAAUAAGAGAAAUUAUACGCAGUUCUCCACGGCGGAGACGUUUCUUUCGUACGAGUUGACCCCGGAGGGAACCAAGUUCAUAGCAGAUGCUUUUGGCUUUAAGGGUGACUACAUGCAAGAGAUAAACCCUGACAGUUAUAGAACCUACCUGGAACAUCAGGAGUAUCUCACUAAUGAUAAUGGAGACGACGCGAGGCCCACCAAAGGUAUGAGUGAGUUAAUCACAGAGCUUCGGAAAAAAGUGGAAAAUCUUACUGCAAGAAUUUACCUCGAAGAAACAGUAACAGCUGUUGACAAAAUUGAAGGCAAGUAUGUUCUUCGAACAACGAGACGAACUGCAAGGGCCAACAAGACAAUUAUUACUGUUGGACCUGCGGCUUUGAAGAAGAUAAAAGGUGACGUCAUUCUGAACAUCACAUAUCACGAGAUCUUUAACUCCAUUGUAAGCGUACCUGCAUUCUUUGGGGCAGCGGUCUACGAUAGAGCUUGGUGGAAUGAUACCACUGCCGCGCAGAAAAAGAACGUUCUGCAGCCUCUCGACAUGUUUAUAUCCAGUAGUGACUGUUUGGGUAUUACAAUGCCUUACAAGGGAGUCGGACCUAACGGAAAAGUCGUGCUACACACAAUAGCUAAUAACGGAGGAUGCAGUGAUAAGUGGGGAAAAAUUUUACAGAUUUCUGAGGAUAAACUAAACAUAGAGCUGACGCGAGCCCUGAAAUACAAGUUUCAACGAGAUAACAUACCGCAGCCUCUGAAGACUAAAUACAAAUAUUGGCAGGAAGGUUUCUGGUGA